AUGAGCGAAAAUGAGAAGGUAGAUGUCUCACAAGCAUCGGACGAAGCUGCCCAGCCGUCUUGUCACGACCCUGAUGCGCACCUCAGCGAGGAUGAAAGGCUGGAGAUCGAACGCAAGUUGGUCAGACGACUCGACUGGACUCUCAUCCCAUGGCUUUGCGUCCUGUACCUGCUGGCCUUCCUCGACAGGACAAACAUCGGCAAUGCCAAGAUUGCAGGGCUCAACGACGACCUCGGGUUAAGUAGCUCGCAAUACAACUCGGCACUCACAAUCUUCUUCGUGUCGUACGCCGUUUUCGAGCCUCUGACAAACAUCUUGCUGAAGAAGCUGCGCCCUUCUAUUUUCAUUCCCAUCAUCAUGAUCCUCUGGGGCGCAUCCAUGACCGGAAUGGGUUUCGUGUACAACUGGAGCGGGCUGAUGGCGGCUCGAUGGUUUUUGGGCCUCACCGAGGCAGGCCUCUUCCCAGGCGUCAACUACUAUUUGUCCUGCUGGUACAAGCGAUCUGAAUUUGGUAUUCGGGCAGCCAUCUUCUUCUCGGCGGCAGCCAUCUCGGGUUCAUUUGGCGGCGCUCUGGCCGCGGCCAUCGAGCAAAUGGCCGGAGUCGGUGGCCGCCCCGGUUGGGCUUGGAUCUUCAUCCUCGAGGGACUCCUGACGGUGCUGUUCGGCGUUGCGUCCUUCUGGAUGGUCCAUGACUUCCCCGACGAGGCCAAGUUCCUGUCCAAAGACGACCGCGCCCGCGUCAUUCGCCGCCUCAAGAUGGACCAGCAGGCGUCGGCCGACCAUGAGGAGUUCAAAAUGACCUUCUUCUGGCAGGCCGUCAAGGACUGGAAGAUGUGGCUGGGCAUGGCCAUCUACAUGGGCUGCGACAUGCCUCUGUACGCCUUCAGCUUGUUCCUGCCCACCAUCGUCAACGAGCUCGGAUGGAACACGAGCGUCGUGCGGUCGCAGCUGAUGACGGUGCCGCCAUACGCCGUGGCCGCCGUCUUCACUGUCUUCAUCGGCUGGGUGGCGGAUAAGACUCAACAGCGCGGUCUGUGCAACAUCUCGGUCAGCCUGAUUGGUAUCGUGGGCUUCAGCAUGCUCAUCACCACCGAGAACCCCCAGGUCAAGUACGCCGGCACGUUCCUGGGUGCCCUCGGCAUCUACCCGUGCAUCAGCAACACCAUCACCUGGGUCGCGAACAACGUCGAGGGGGUCUACAAACGCGGCGUGGUGCUGGGUUUCGUCAUCGGGUGGGGCAACCUCAACGGCAUCGUCAGCUCCAACAUCUACAUCCGCGAGCCCCGCUUCUCCGAGGGCCACGGCGUCGUGCUGGCCUACAUGUCCAUCUUUCUGUGUCUGGGCAGCGUGCUCAUGACCCUGCUGCUGAGGGUCGAGAACCAGAAGCGGAGGCAGGGCAAUAGGGACCACUGGGCGGACAACAGGUCCGUAAAGGAAAUCGAGGCGAUGGGGGACAGGCGACCCGACUUCUUGUACACGCUGUAG